CAAUCUUUUCGAAACACUGGUUCUAAAUAACUUACCCUAAACUAUAUUAAGCAAUCUUCCAGAUUAAAAUGAAUCUACAAGUUCCAUUCACACUUAAUGAACUGCUAAACAAUGAAAGUAUAAUGUGCAUUAAGAUUUAUACAAAAUGAAAAUCUAUCAUUACAUAUAUUUUGCCUGGAUAGGUGUUCACAAGUAGUUUAUGAAGUGGAUCCCUGAAACAGACCUUCAAACAACCAUGUAAGCAGUGGCUGUAAUAGCGUGUAUUUGCUAUGUGUGGCCCAAAUAACUAUAAUUUUCCUCAUUAUAAAUACUGGUCAUCACACACCAAAUGAUCCACAACAAACUUUAGUACCCCUAUUUCCAUUUUGGUCACCAAAGCUCCCUAUUUUGGUUUUUUUUUUUUGGUCUAAACAACAUACAAAACCAAAUUCCCUCCAAUUUUUUAAGUUCCACACUUCUGCUUUUCUUGCUGAAAAUGGCAAUGGCAAAGUUUAUCAUUAUCAUGUCUACUUGUCUAUUAUAUUUUGCUAUUUCAGGUGCUGCUGUGGUUGAGCAGCAAUAUUUGCUUACUCAAUGUGGAUAUACUAGAUUUCCUCAAUUAUGUGCUGAUCAUGCUUUGUCCUCAGGGGAGUUAUUUUCAGAAGAUAAUUCAACUCCCACCAAUCUCAUGUCUUUCCUGAUCAAGAAGACCAUUUCAGAAAACAUCCUUCCUGUUUCAAAUUUUGAAGCACUAAGUUAUCAUUUUAUUUCCAAAGAAGCUCAAGAUACCCGCACCGCCAUAGGUGAAUGCCGUGAAUUAUUGAGCAUGUCAACCAAAAGGCUGAAUCAGGCCCUGGAAGCUAUUAAACAAUCACCCGAAAAUCACAAAACAGACAUCCAAACAUGGCUUAGUGCCGCACUAACCUAUCAUCAAACCUGCAAAGACAUAGCUGAUACUCAUGCCGCUUCCAAUUUCUACAUGGCUGAAAUUUCAAAGAAAAUGGAUUAUUUGUCCCAACUGGGGAGCAACCCUUUAGCCCUCGUCAACCGGAUUGUAGCCGGAAGCCACAAAAACACCGCCACUGCCACCACCGUCAAGGGCCGUGGCUUGGCCGAGGAACAACAACAAUUUCCUAGUUGGGUUUCGGCCAAAGAUAGGAAACUAUUGCAAAGUACCACGAUUAAUGCAAAUGUCGUGGUGGCUAAAGAUGGGUCGGGAGAUUAUACGACGAUUUCGGAAGCAAUUCAGGCUGCCAGAGGAGGAAGAUUCGUGAUCUAUGUGAAAUCUGGAGUUUACAAUGAGAAAAUUCAUUGCAAUAAAGAUGGAAUUACACUUGUGGGGGAUGGAAAAUAUUCAACUGUGAUUAGCGGGUCAAGUAGUGUGGGAGGAGGCUCUUCCCUUCAAGGAUCUGCCACCGUUACAAUCAGUGGGGACGGCUUCAUUGCCAAGGAUAUCGGCUUCCAGAACAACGCCGGCGCCGGAGCUGACCAGGCCAUCGCCCUUUUAUUAGCCUCGGAUCACGCCGUCUUAUACCGGUGCAGUCUCGUCGGCUACCAGGAUACUCUCUACGCCCUCUCCCUCCGGCAAUUCUACCGGGAAUGUGACAUUUAUGGCACCGUCGACUUCAUAUUUGGAAACGCCGCUGCAGUUUUCCAGAACUGUUACCUUGUGCUCCGGCGACCGCGCAGCCACGGAGCCUUCAACGUCAUCCUGGCAAACGGAAGGACCGACCCGGGUCAAAACACGGGGUUCUCGCUCCAGAGCUGCAAGAUCACAGUCGGGUCGGAUUUCUCGCCGGUGAAGAACUCGUUCGAUUCGUACCUGGGGCGGCCCUGGAAGGAGUUUUCCAGGGCGGUGGUGAUGCAAUCCAACAUUGACGGCGAGAUCACACCAAAGGGUUGGGCCGAGUGGCCAGGGGAAUCUGGGUAUGCCAAAACCCUGUAUUUUGCGGAGUUUGAAAACAUGGGGCCCGGUGCCGGAACCGGCGGCAGAGUUAGCUGGCCUGGACAUCAUGUGCUUGCUAAUGCAGAGGCUAGUAAAUUCACCGUGGCUAAUUUCAUUUCCGGCAAUUCAUGGAUUCCGUCCACCGGCGUUUCUUUCGUUUCCGGGCUCUCAUAAGUAAAAGAACACAAAAUUCUACACUUUCAGAAGUCUCGUAAUAACAAUAAUUGUGUAUACGUAUAAUUCCGAGACGGAUGGAGUAGUAUGUUGUGACUUGGGUGUAAACAAGCUUGAAAAUGGACCAAAGUUGGUGGGGUCAUAGCUACAAGAAAUUAGUCUCAUUACGGAGUGGCAUAUAUUUUUCUAAUUUCUAUUGUAUGAAAAUUAGGAAGUACUAACUUCUGAGCCCCUUCAUUAGAACAAGCUUCAAUUUGAAGCAGCAAGGAUGUGGAAGUUUUAUUUUGGGUUUUCUAUUCAAUGCAACAAAUGUUUAUGAUC